AUGAAUGUGAACAUCUCCAGAGACAUCAUGUGGGUAUUAUGUCCUCCCAGUGUCCCAAAUCACUCCUUUGGAGCUCUCCUCACUGUGCGCAGGCGCAGACAAGGCUGUCUGUCUUGCUCCUCCAACGCCUUUGCCUGGUUUGCCCUGGAGGCUUGGCUGGGAGUUAAACUCAGCCUCCGUGUGCCCCAGUACUGGGGAAGCACUUCCCGAUAUGAGGUCCCGGCUGCUUUUGUCCUGUGCCGCAGCCCUUCAGGGGAGGGGACCGGACCCCUGAUCUGGUGUUUGUUGCGCCGGUGGCAACAAGUGGAGCCCGAACAGGGACCUGAGACAACAAGGAGGAAAGCGAAAGCAGAUCGCACGGCAUCUAAUUCAGUUCUACAAUUGCGUGCCUGUGUUCCACCUCCCUACUAUUUGAUUGUUGGAGAUGGGACCAUUACUCCAGUGAAAGAAGAUCGUCAUCAGUUAUACCGGCUGACUUGUCCUGCUUGUGUUUUGACCAAUUGUCUACCAGUAGAUGGACCCUCUAGAAGUGAAAUGAAGGUUUAUCUGGUCUUACAACCUCCCUAUUGGAUGUUGCCAGUAAAUGUUACAGGACCUUGGUAUCCUAAUUAUGGGAUGCAAUUGGCCUUAGAAAUCAGUAAACGGCUGUGCAGGACCAGACGGUUUCUUGGACUCUUGAUUGCUGGACUCAUAGCAGCAGUGACUGUAAUUGCCUCUGCAACUGUAUCUGUAAUAUCCUUACAUGAAAGUGCCCAAACAGCAUCCCAUGUAAAUGAAUUGGCUCAUAAUGUAUCCAAGGUGUUUGCCACUCAAGAGCGAAUAGACCGUAAAUUGGAAGCCCAAUUGGAGGCACUACAAGAAGCAUUGAUAUAUCUUGGUGAUCAGUUUGCUGUUUUGCGUACCAGACUUUCUAUAAUUUGUCAUGAUGCAUAUAAGCAUAUCUGUGUUACCCCUUUAGAGUAUACUAAUAUGACAUGGGGACAAGUGCGUCGUCAUUUACAAGGGGUUUGGCAUGACACUAACACUAGCUUAGACCUCUUACAGCUACAAGAAGAGAUAAAUGCUAUUGCAAGUAGCUCACUCAGUUUCCCUGACCCUGGAGAUCUCGCUGGAACCAUACUGCACCAACUUAAUGGGUUUAAUCCAUUUAAUAUUCUUCAGCAUUCCUUUUGAUCUUUAUUUGAAAUUGUUUCCGUAAUAUCUGUUAUACUUGUCUUGCUGUGUUGUUUCUGGAGAUGGGGUCUCACUGCCUUUACCACAUACCAAGCCAGGAUGCACAUGUUGCAAUUACAAACAAUAGGGGGAAAUGUAGGAGUGAGUGCCAGGCUGAGACCGGGUUGAGCAACGGCUCCCUGUUGACUCAGCCAACCCGGUGGUUCCCCCUCCCAUUCCCCCACUUGCAAAGGCAUACGAAAGCCUUGUCAAGGCUGAGAAAGCUAAUUCCUGAAGCCUGUGGUCUGUGGGUGUUGGCAGUAAUGUUACCUCCCCUUUUCUACCCCGGGUCAAAUAGAAACAAACAUGGGAACUGUGUUUUGCUAGCAAUCUAUCAACAAGGUCUUGUUGUGACCCGUUUAGAAAGUUCACAAGGUACACAGAACUAAAUGUUUUGGUUGGCAGCGAUCAUGUGAAACCUGUUUAUUCUUAGAAUGACCUGACCCAUAAGAGUCUUGAUAUAAAAGAUUGUGUACAGCAACAAUAAAGCCGUCACUUGGGCCAUCAGCCCAGGGGACCCUCCUGUUCCCAAACUGGCUUCUCUUCUCUUUUUUUUCUUACAUUCCCCUACCCUCAGGACCCUGAUCUCGG